AUGAUACAUAAUUUACAACCACACGUUAAUGUCAACUACCUCGAGAAAGUACUGCAAGAAGCUGGUUUCGAGGGCGCCUUUGAUUUCCUGUAUGUCCCUUUGAAUUUCAAGACUCAUGAAGCUGUUGGUUUCGCCUUCAUCAAUUUCGCUGAUGAAGUUUACGCUCAAAAAAUGGUUGACGGUUUCAACGGUUUGGUUAUCAAUGGUCAUUUACCGUUAGCUGUCGAGCCAGCCAAGAACCAGGGCCUUCAAACUCAAAUCGAUCAUCUCAGAGAGAGCCCAGUGAACGCUGCUGAUGAAGAGUUCAGACCGAAGUUAUUCGAAUUGGGUUCGGGUCGAUCAUUGGAAUUCCCGGCUCCUACCAACCCUCGCCCCCCGCGUCGGUCUCAUCGUCAUCGACGUCGUGUGAGAGAAUAUGUACCGCAAAAAGCGAGGCAAGUUGAAGUCUGCGACCCGUAUGCUCAGACACAUUUAAAGUACAGUAUGGCUCUUGGCGACCUCCUAUUGUGA